AUGACAAGAUGCAUAGUAUGUCUGUACUUCGUACUUCGAGGAUAUGCCCCGUUCGGCCCCGGGCCCCUCCCCUUCUUCGUGAAUCGCGACGGCAACGGCGUGUUCAACAAUUCGCCGUUCGAGCUGCAGCUAGCGAUCGGUAUCCCCUGCGUGCUGUGGGUGACUCGGUGCCAGCUGCCACUAGACGGUUCCGUCCUGAACGGGCCCGGUGUUCUGACUCUGGAUUCGUCAAUGGCCAGGCUCCCCCGCGCGCGCUUCAUCAGUUGUCUCCCACGUGCGUGUGAGGCUGUCGACGGCGCCGGAUGCAAAAGGAGGCGGCGUUCCAUCAGCGGUCGGCCCCCGAUCAUCUCCGCAUCGUACAAGCCGAUAGCCCCCCAACGAAAGACGAUCCGGCACAUGCAUUGCUCGCCUAACCGCCGAGGCAGCAUCACGAGAUCAGGUGCCGUGAAUUAA